UGUACUUCUUCUUUCCUGGAGCAGAAUUUUCUUGCACGAAAGAAGAUGAAGCGAAACUCUGCCUAUUUUGCUAUAGUUCUUGCUUCACUUUUGACUUUCUGCAGUUGUGAUAGCAAUGGAACAAUACCUGCAAUAAUCUGGCAUGGAAUGGGUGACUCGUGCUGUAACCCUCUGAGCAUGGGAUCCAUUAAGACAAUGCUGCAAAAUAAAAUUCCUGGUAUUUAUGUGCGUUCAUUGAUGAUUGGGGACAAUGUCAUACAGGACACUGAGAAUGGCUUCUUUAUGAAUGUUAAUGACCAGAUCAAACAGGUGUGUGACAAAGUUGCCAAUGAUCCAAAGCUGAAAAAUGGUUAUAAUGCACUGGGAUUCUCGCAAGGUGGACAGUUCUUACGUGCUGUUGCCCAGAGAUGUCCCAACCCUCCCAUGCUGAACUUGAUCAGCUUUGGUGGACAACACCAAGGUGUUUUUGGAUUUCCCCAUUGCCCUGGAGAAAACUCCACCAUUUGCUCUGUGCUCAGAAAGUUGCUUAAUUUUGGAGCGUAUGAAUCAUGGAUUCAAAAUAACCUUGUCCAAGCUGAGUACUGGCAUGACCCUCUGAAUGAGGCUGAGUACAGAGAAAAGAGUGUGUUCCUAGCAGAUAUCAACCAAGAAAAGGAGAAGAAGCCCAAAUAUAAAGAGAACCUAAUGAAAUUAAAGAACUUUGUGAUGGUCAUGUUUGGCAAAGACACCAUGGUUGAUCCAAAGGAAUCUGAGUGGUUUGGUUUUUACAAGCCUGGCCAAGGAGUAGAGAAAUAUACUCUGCAAGAGAGUCCACUGUACCAAGAGGAUUGGCUUGGACUGAAGCAAAUGGAUAAGGACAAGAAGCUCCAUUUCCUAACUGCUGAUGGUGAUCACCUGCAGUUUACAGAAGAGUUUUUUUAUGAACAGAUCAUUCCAUUUUUGAAGUAAAUUUUACAAGGUGUUUGAACAGUUAAUAACUCCUCUUUCAACGGUCAUGUGACUGUUUAACCUUCUGUAGAAAAAGGAUUAAUUACAAGAACUUAGAUGAUAAAGUGUUUGUAAAUGCAUGACUGGGUAUUUCACAUUUUUAUAGAAUGACUUUUUGAUAUUUUGAUGGCACUUGAGAUCAGAUAUAAGCUAGUGUUUGUUAUACUUACAAAAUGUUAAAAACUGUCUCAUCAAAAUGAAAUACAAAAAAAAGGACAUCAACAUUGCAUUUCUUUAUUAAUUAAAUACUUAAACUAUUACUUUAAAUAAUACCAUGGCACAAAAGUACCCAAUUUUGUAAAAUCUUAAAAAUAAAUACCUUAAAAGUUUG